AUGUCGCUGUUAACACAAGCCGAACGAGAUUUUUAUCGGCCGAUGUACGAAGCGUUGAAGUACAAAAAUCUCACUUUCGAAGAAUAUGCAGCGUAAAAUCAUUGAAAAAUCGGAAACAAUAAAAGCAACGGUUUCUUGCAGAAAACAAGUGGAAAUCCAGCAAAAAUACCGGAAUAGUGUGGAGAAUUACACGCUUUUGGUGACAAUCGGUGCACCUUAUCUGCAUAAUAUCGAACUCGAGGUGGGACAUCAGAAUUUCUUUGCACAACAUGUUUUCCACAAGUUUUAGUUGACUUUUCAGCUUCGAAAGCAUUAAAAAUUCAAUUUUGAAUAGGUCUCAACCAAUUUUCAGCCAAUUUCGCUGAUGAAAGCAGUUCGUCGAUUGAUUGUGAUCGACGGACCGAAUGUUAUGCACGGAGGAUCGAUUUACGCGGAUACCAGAGAAGGAGCAGUACAGCGUACGUCGAAAGCUGAAAAAUGUUGAAUUUUUAGCUAGUUUUAUUGCAGACAACAUCCCCGACGUGGCGGCGCUCCUUUCGUUGAUGCGCUUCUUCGUGGUCCGUUCGUUCGACGUGUUCGCAGUGAUCUCGCGCAAGUACACGUACCCGGACGCCACGAAUUUCAAGGAGGCCAUCGACAUGCUCGUGAAGAACAACCUGUGCAUCGUGGCGCCCAAUACGAAUUUGGACGACGUCAUCGCGCUCGAGUUCGCGUCGCAAGUCAACGGAAUCGUGCUGACCACCGACAAGUACAGGGACCACGCUGAGCAGAACGCCCGUUAUUUGCGGCUUUCCGCCGAGAACCGCAUGAACAUCCGCUGGGACUUUGUGGCAGAGAAAAUGAGGAAUACGCGGAGCCGCGAGCACUCGGACUACGUUUCAAACAAGAAGUUCGCCUUUGUUUUCGACGAGCCGAGACCCGACGACGGACGCAUUGAAAUGACGCCCGCUGGUAGGGCUUUUCACGAUGAAAAUAAAACAUUGAUUGAAUUCUAGUAACUUUCGCCAGUUCGAUAGUGAAAUUGUGAUUGUAACUCGACAAAAACCUUGUUCUUUUCCAGAAAUCCUGCAACGCAUUUACGUGUCUCCGGACAACAUGCAGUACGAGAUUUCGAAAGAACGAUACGAGCUCAGCAAACCGGAGAAGAAGAAAGAGCAAGUAGGACUAAACUCAUUUUUGAAACAAUAAAAUCACCAUUUUUCCAGAUGUUGUCAGUGUUGAACUCGCUUAUUAUCGACGGAAUUUCGGUGUGCAAAGCGAAUGUAGAGAGAAUUAAUCGAGAAGUUCCUGUGUACGGUUUUAUUGAAUUUAAUGCCGUUGCGGUCUUUCCGGCCUCCGAUUCACAUAUCUCGGGACCCAAAAUACUUUCCAAGUCCAAGAAGUCUGCAAAGUUUGGUCCCAAUCGGAUCAUUGCAAUCAAACAAAAAUCUGCCUGCGUUUUAAAUGACUACAAUUUCAGAUUCGACCCGUCGGCGCAAGACAAUCAGCAGGACGAAGAGGACUUUCCGGACUACGUGGAUCCAGUGGAUGAGCAGGCGGAUUUCAUCAGCCCAGCCGAUCCGGACGCCGACGAAGAUUGGGGAUAA